AUGGAAAGCCACGGCAUAGCUCGCACAGCCCGGAAACCACGGACCGAAGCCCAGAUCCAGUCCGACCUCGCCAAAAUCGAGACCCUGCGCUCCGUCGAGGCCGCCCUCCUCCGCGCUGCACGCCCGUCCGCCGACACCGACACCGACACCCCCGACCUAGACCCCGCCGCCACCCUCGCCCUCACCACGAAGCUCCUGCGCCUGAACCCGGAGCACUACACGGCAUGGAACGUCCGCAGGCGCUGCCUAACCUGUGGAUCAUUGUCAAAACCCUCGCCUGGGCCGUCGCCAUCGGCGCCGCCCGCGAGUUCUUCAGCAGCAUGCACUCCGCCUCCGUCCUCCGCCGCUGCGUUGCCGUCUUCCUCGGCCGCGACCCGGCCCGCCCAACCGUCCCCCGCGGGCCCGGGGAGUGGGAGGAGUGGUACAACAGUUGAGCACGCGAGCUCGAUUGAAGAUCGAGUCCGCGAUGCGGCGGAGGGAGACAAGCCAGCAGGAGAACAAAAGGACGGAAAGGCCCACGCCACCGACGAGGUCGUCGCGACCCUCAAAAACGAGCUCAACUUCACCAUCCCCCUCCUCCUCGAGUUCCCCAAGAGCUAUUGGAUCUGGAAAUACCGCUCCUGGCUACUCCAGCAAGCUGUCGACCUCCUCCCGAGGCCAUUGGCCCGCCGCGUGUGGCAAGAGGAACUCGGCCUCGUCUCCAAGAUGCUGUCCAAGGACCGCCGCAACUUCCAUGCCUGGGGCUACCGCCGGAAGGUGGUCGCCGUGCUGGAGAGCGCAGCCCUCGGCGGCGAGAGCCUGGUCGAGUCCGAGUUCGCGUACACGACCAGCAUGAUAAAGAUGGACCUGUCUAACUUCUCGGCCUGGCACAGCCGCUCCAACCUGAUGUCCCGCCUGCUGGAGGAGCGUGGCGCCGACGAUGCGGUGCGGCAGAAGUUUUUGGAGGACGAACUCGAACUCGUGCGCGAAGCACUGAACGUCGGACCGGAGGACCAGUCGCUCUGGUUCUACCACCGUUUCCUCGUCCAGGACAUGACGGAAGCAGACGGCCGGUCCAAGAUUGCACCCAAUUUGUCACGGGACAAAAGGGCACGCUACGUGCGGUGCGAAAUCGACGGCAUCAAGGAGCUCUUGGAGGACUACGAUGAUAUCGUGUGGAUAUACAAGGCGCUGCUGGACUACACAAUAGCCCUGCCGAAACUGGAGGGGCGCGCCCCCGACAACGGAGAGGUUACAGACCUCGGGGCGUGGAUGGCCGAGGUGCGCCGCUUAGACCCCAUGCGCAACGGGCGCUGGGACGAUCUCGAGAAGGAGUGCGGUCUGCUCUAG